CUGUCAUCUGAAAUAAUUUCCAUAAGACCCUUUAGCGGUGGCAAACGGUGGUGUACGGCGGCGAUGGCAUCUCAAACGCAGCGGCUAAUGGUUUUGCUCCUCCUCUUCUUGGUGGUGUCCACCACUGCCGUCCCUACAACGAGGAGUCUUAAGGAAGUCAAGAACCGUAUAUCUAUUCCUAAUCUCCGUUUUGAGGACGGUAUGGACGAAGACAAUAAUGGCGAUUUACGAAAACUGGAGGGAGUUUUGGGAAAAAGAAUGAAUCUGGAGCUUCAUGAUUAUGCAGGGACACUACCAAACUGCAAAAAUCUCAUACACAUAAAAUGUCGUUAAUUGCCUUGAAUGAUUUGAUAAUAUUUAUUUUCAGUCCUCACUUGCCAUUUGAGGCAUAAAGGCAAGACAUUGAAUCAUUAAUUAGUUGCC